AUGGAGGCUCCAGGCUCAUCGAAGAAGAUGAUAGCGACGCAGGAAGAGAUGGUUGAGGCGAAAGUCCCGCUGGCUUACAGAGACCAGUGCACCCAUCUGUUCAUCCCCCUCAACAAGUACCGCCAGGCAGAGCUCUACCUGCCAUGGAAGUGCAGCUCAGAGCGCCACACCUACGAGAAGUGUGAGUACGAGCUCAUCAUGGAGCGGAUGCUCCAGAUGCAGAAGAUCCGCGAGCGCGAGGCCCAGCUGAAGUCGCAGCCCAUUCCGCUCCUCCCCAAAACCGCCAAUGCUUGAUUCGACAUUUUGACCAUGAUAAAUAAUCUUUUUGAGGAAGA